CACUCACACACACUGUUAUUACACCCGAGGAAUGCUGCUAGCCAGCUAGCAUAACGGUUGUUGUUGUUGUUUAUGUUGUUUAUUAGUUUAUAGAGGUGUUUAUGUUGUUGCUGAGCGUGUAAACAGGUCAGGUCGAUAUAUCUGAGAGCACACAAGUGACCUAGCAAAGCUAACUAGCUAAGUAAACCUUAGCUGUGGAGCUGCGUAGGUUAAUAAAGUUUUUAGGUCACCGUGUCACAGGCUCCUGUGUGUGUGAGUGUGUGUGUGUGUGUGUGUGAGUGUGAGACGCGUUGCAAGAAAUUCAUGCUGCCACUGAAUCUUGUGUACAAGUGAGCAGCUUGUGGCUCAGUGUUUACAUUUCGUGUGUCGAUGUUGUUGGCAGUAAACAUGUAGGAUGUGACGUUGUUGAGUUCAGCAGUCAGCUCUGUGUUUAUCUCGUUACACGGUGUUCCUCAGUUAGUGUGCACGAGGAUCAGUGACAUGCCGCGUCCACUAAGUAACCUUUCGCUAUCCAGUGACAUUCAGGGACAGUCUCUGCAAGCUUUAUAUUCAUUUUUGUGGUGCAAAUGUUACAGCAGCUACACGAGAAGGAAUCUGCACUGCUGUCUUCUACAUGACUGCUGAUUGAUCAUUUCUUGCCUGCUAGUUGAUCUCAUCACUCAGCAGACUCUGGCUGGAGCGUAAUGAGCUCACGCUUCCGGUUGCCUGCUGGCAGAUCCUACAAUGUCCGGGCGUCGGAGCUGGCACGUGACAGGCAGCACACCGAAGUGCUCUGCAACAUCAUUCUGUUGGACAACACCGUCCAGCCUUUUAAGGUUAACAAGCUCGAUCAAGGACAGGUCCUGCUGGACGCAGUUUUUAAGCACCUGGAGCUGACCGAGAGAGACUAUUUUGGGCUGCACCUGGCUGACGAGUCCUCCGACAGUCCGAGGUGGCUGGAUCCAAACAAACCCAUCAGGAAGCAAUUAAAAAGGGGAUCUCCUCAUCAUCUGAACUUCCGGGUGAAGUUUUUUGUGAGUGACCCCAGCAAACUUCAGGAAGAGUACACACGGUACCAGUAUUUUUUGCAGAUCAAGCAGGACAUACUUAGUGGGAGACUGCCCUGUCCGCACAACACUGCCGCACUACUGGCCUCCUACGCUGUUCAGUCUGAGCUGGGGGACUACAGGGAGGCGGAGAAUCCACCCAGCUACCUUUCCGAGUUCUGCUUUAUCCCCAACCAGCCGCAGGGCUUUGAGAAAGAAGUGGCCAAGCAUCACCAGCAGCACAGCGGACUAAGCCCGGCCGAGUCCGAGUUCAAUUACCUAAACACAGCUCGCACGCUGGAGCUCUACGGAGUGGAGCUGCACUAUGCAAGGGAUCAAAGCAACACUGACAUUUUCAUCGGGGUCAUGUCAUCUGGAAUAGGCAUUUACAAGAACAGGGUACGAAUCAACUGCUUUCCAUGGCUGAAAAUUGUGAAAAUCUCAUUUAAAUGCAAACAGUUUUUCAUCCAGCUGAGAAAGGAAGUGAAUGAGACGCGAGAGACAUUACUGGGCUUCAACAUGGUAAACUACAGAUCUUGCAAGAACCUGUGGAAGACGUGCGUGGAGCAUCACACCUUCUUUCGGCUGGACCAGCCCGUACCUCCUCAGAAGAACUUCUUCUCACAUUACUUCAGCUUGGGAUCAAAGUUCCGCUACUCCGGAAGGACAGAAGCACAGUCUGUGCAGUACGGCAAGGAGAAGGGAAUCAAGGACAGGGUGUUUGCCAGAUCUCCCAGCAAGCCUCUGGCUAGGAAGUUGAUGGGUGUGACUGACUGGGAGACAGUGAGCAGGAACUCUGAGUCUGAGGAGAGGCUGGAGACCAGGAGCCUACCCACCCGUUCUCCUCCUGGGACCCCCAACCAUAGGAAUUCACUGUUUGUGCAAGAGGGGCCCCGGCAGCGGCCAUCUUCCAUGGGACAUUUAGUGGAGCAUAUGAUUCACGCUUCGCCCAGCCUGCCUGCAUUCACCAACCACAAAUCAGCCUCAUCCACGCAAGCCAACAGCAUCAGCCUCAACUCCACACCCUCUCAAGAAGGUGUAGAUGGGCCACCCCCAGCACUGCCACCCAAGCAGUCCAGGAAGAACCUGAGUCAGCUCAUCCUCUCCCACUCUCAGCAGGAUCUGGACAACCACGUCAAUGAGAUGUACGAUAUCCCAAUGGCAACAGACAAGACAACGCUCAAUGGGGUUGUUCCUCAUGAUAAUCUUGUCCUGAUCAAGAUGAAGCCCGAUGAAAAUGGCAGAUUUGGAUUCAACGUUACGGGGGGCUGUGAUCAGAAGAUGCCAGUUAUUGUGUCUCGGGUGGCUCCAGGAACAUCAGCUGAUCUGUGUGUGCCCCGGCUGAACGAGGGUGAUCAGGUCGUUCUGAUAAAUGGCCGUGAUAUUUCUGAGCACACUCACGACCAGGUGGUCAUGUUCAUCAAGGCCAGCUGUGAAAGCCACUCAGGGGAGCUCAUCCUGCUGGUCAGGCCCAACGCAAUCUAUGAUGUGGUGGAGGAUAAGCUGGAGAUGGAGCCUGAUUUCCAGUACAUCCCAGCCAAAUCACCCUCAGACUCGUCCGAGCUGGAUCAGGAUGCCUGGAGAGACUCCAUGCAGCAGUUGAAAGAAGGCCUGAGCAGUGGCGCUCUGCUCGCUCAGUUUGACCAACUCUACCGUAAAAGGCCUGGAAUGACCAUGUCAUGUGCCAAGUUACCUCAGAACAUCUCAAAAAACCGCUACAGAGACAUCUCACCUUACGAUGCCACACGGGUCAUACUGAAGGGCACAGAUGACUAUAUCAACGCAAAUUACAUCAAUAUGGAAAUUCCAGCUUCCAGUAUUAUCAAUCGAUAUAUCGCCUGCCAAGGGCCCUUGCCCAAUACAUGCACUGACUUCUGGCAGAUGACAUGGGAGCAGGGCUCCUCCAUGGUGGUCAUGCUCACCACUCAGGUGGAGAGAGGCCGGGUGAAAUGUCAUCAGUACUGGCCCAAUCCCUCAGGUAGUGCCACCUAUGGUGGUUUCCAGGUUUCCUGUCAAACUGAAGAGGGAAACUCUGCAUUCUUGGUUCGAGACAUGACCCUCACUCACACAGAGACGGAGGAAAGCAGGGAGCUGACUCAGAUCCAGUAUCUGGCCUGGCCUGACCAUGGUGUGCCUGACGACUCUACUGACUUCCUGGACUUUGUUACUCUGGUGCGGAGUAAAAGAGCAAGAAAAGACGAGCCGGUGGUCGUCCACUGCAGCGCUGGGAUUGGCCGGACGGGAGUGCUCAUCACCAUGGAGACAGCGUUGUGUCUAAUGGAGUGCAGUCAGCCUGUGUAUCCGUUGGACAUCGUGAGAACCAUGAGGGACCAGCGGGCCAUGAUGAUCCAGACCCCUAGCCAGUUCAAGUUUGUGUGUGAGGCCAUUCUGAAGGUGUAUGAGGAGAACCUGGCCAUGCCACUGAAGUCCACGCUGUACAAGUCUGACUAACGGGGACGCCAGCUUUCGCCAUCAUGCCACCAAGCUUCACCUGCGGAUCCCAGAACCAGCACCACUGCAGGGCCUUGAAGAAGUGUGCUGAACAAAACGCUGGUUUAUCACACAAUGGUCUCAGGUUGUGCAUUUUUUAUGUGUGAUAUUUAUCUCCAAGCAUUUAGCACCAUGUCACAGGAAAAAAGACUUUGAUUCGGAGAGUUAUGUUUAUGAACGUUCUUCUGCUGUCACGUGGUGCUUUAAUGCUUUGUAGAGCAUGAGAGAUAAAUCAUCAUGCUUUAAGUCACAUUCAGAGUGUGAGAUCAUUUGGAUAAAGCACACUUUUUCAAAGCGCUGUGAAGACCCAGAGGGGACGCGUUGGAAGAAAAUCAUUCUUGAGCCAGGAUUAUACAUAGGACAUUUAAAACCAAGCACUAUUGCACUUUACACUGGCAACUGAACAAUUCGCCAAGCUUCACGAAAAUGGGAAAAAAAAAAAAACAUUUAACAAACGCUGGUACUCAUAGAGAAUUUGAGUGUUCAGGGUUUAAAUAUACAAAUAUAUAUAUGUUGAUAAUGAAAAAUUUGAGAUUGCUGUGGUGCCAUAUGUAAGUACAAAAGGGCAGGCCCAUGAGUGUGUGUUGCUUUUUACGUUUUUAUAUAUAUAUAUAUAUAUAUAUAUAUAUAUAUAUAUAUAUAUAUAUAAGUUGUGCUCGCCUUGCUGAUAGAAAACAAAUUAUCCAUGCAAUGCAUUUAGUUUUAAUCAGGAUAUUUAUCAUGUUGUAGUUUCACUCUCUCACCCUGUCCAGUCAACAAAAAUCCUAUUAAUUCAUGUUCCUGAUGAGGACAAUGGCUUGUUAUCUCUAUUCACACACUCCCUCCCUCUUUCUUUCAGCAUAGGUAAUGAGUGCUUUUUAUUUAUUAGCAUCCUUGAUUUUAUUGAAAUCCACACAGUUGCCAGGAAACCUAGAGCACUUUGUUUUGUGUUACGAACCUGCAGCUUGUUAUUUUCCUCCUCUCUGUAAUCGUAAGUGACUGCGCUUGCUGUAUGCAACUCUCGUCUGGAAUCCGAUGGUGUGUCUGGACAGGGGUCAUGUCUCAUUUAGCAUACAUCACUCAGAAGUUUUAAAAGCUUAACACAUAAAGCUGUCUUAACAAGAGUAAAAAGACUACUGUUGUUCUGGAGUGUGGGUGUGGGUGUGGGUGGGUGUGGGUAGGGACAUAGGCAUGCAAGGCUGUUUCCAUUUGUGCCUCUUCAAGUUGCCUAAACAGCAAAGCUAGCUGUGAUUCCUGAUCCCAGAGCAGUAAGGACAGGCCUCCCCAGGUCAAAAGGACUUAUAAAGUUGCUUGUUAUGGAUAAGGUUCUGUUGACACUUAUUGAAGGAUCUCUAAACCUGACUUUUCUCAUAUUUGAGGUCUGUAUCUAACUGUGCUUUAAAAGAAUGAUCACAGCUGCUCACGAGGAGUUGCCAGAAAUUUCCUCAAAAUAAGCUUUUAAGUUGAUAAAGAGUUUAUGCUCCUUGAAAGGCUCAGUGGAGUUUUAGAUGCAUUUUAGAUGGGGGAUAAAAAUUCUCUGUACAUACAAGUGUGACUUGAUACAUCAAAAGUCAAACAAAAGCAUACAGGUACAGGAAAUGUGUGUGAUACAAACAUAUCACGUGCAUACAUAUCAGUGCACAAACAGGAUGAAAGAUACUCUGUGUGUGUGUGUGUGUGUGUGUGUGUGUGUGUGUGUGCACGUACGUGCUUGUUCAUGAGAGGUAUAUCUGUGGCUGGCCUGUUCACUUCCUGUCUGAAGCUGUGAGCUCAUAUGUUUCCGUGUGCUGAUAUUGUGACUCAGUGGAUGGCGUGCUAGUGCAUAUGCAACAUGGCAUCUGACUCCAUACGUGGCCACAGCAGAGAGAUCAGUGUCAUCGUGACUACCCAACACUGCACUCACAAACACAGGGGGAGAGAAUGAGUGUGACCGCAUGUGUGUGCGUGAGCAGACUCUGUUUGCUCUGUUAGCUCAGCAUUUCUGUGCUAUGGGUAGCUUGUGAGGAAUCUGUCUGCUUUGUGUUCUGAGUGUGUGUUUGCAUAUGGCCCUGUCUUGCUGUGUUCAGGUCUUACUGAGACUAGCCUUAGGCAUUCAACUGAAUUAGCACAGUGUCUGGUUCAGGAUUGGCACGUGACCUUUAUGGUCCACUGUCUCUUCUGUUUCCUCAGCCUUCCUGAGACUUCCCCUUUCAGGCAGAAAUGUAUGCUUUGUACAUGAAUAGUCCCUGUUUUCUGUGCUUUACCUGCUGAACAAGCCCAUGUCCCACCGGUCAAGUCAUACUAGAGGUGUGCAUCGUGACUGGGAUCCUGAGGGACCCAACAAAAAUGUAGCAGGAGUGGGUGGACAAAGUCUACAUUAAUUAACAUGAGAAUGUAUUUGAUGUGCUGGCUUGUUUGUGUGGGUUGUUCCCCUUGUUUUUACCACGCUCAUUCAUUUUUGGUAAAAAAAACGACUAGAUUCAUUAGAAAAUAGGUCAGGCAGGGCAGGAUUGGUGAAACUUCCUGCAACAUCGAGCAGGAUUAAUCAAACUUUCUGCGGGACCUGGCGGGAUUGAUAAAACUUUAUCCAGGAUCGGGUGGGAUUGAUAAAACUUUCUGAGGGACCUGGCGGGAUUGAUAAAACUUUCUGCGGGACCUGGCGGGAUUGAUAAAACUUUAUCCAGGAUCGGGUGGGAUUGAUAAAACUUUCUGAGGGACCUGGCAGGAUUGAUAAAACUUUCUGAGGGACCUGGCGGGAUUGAUCAAACUUUCUGCGGGACCUGGCGGGAUUGAUAAAACUUUAUCAAGGAUCGGGUGGGAUUGGUCAAACCUUCUAUGGGAGCUAGUGGAAUUACUCAAAAUUUCUGCCGGAACAAGCAGGAUUGAUCAAACUUUCUGAGGGAGCGGGCAGGAUUGGUGAAACUUUCUGCAGCAGUGAGAAGGAUUAAUCAAAACUUCUGUCAGAGUAGGUGGGAUUGAUAAAACUUUCUCCCGGAGCCAGCAAGCAAUAUUGGUCAUACUUUCUGUGGGAGUGGGCGGGUUUAGUUAAACAUUUCUUCAUUAGUGGGUGGAAUUUGUCAAACUUUCUGUGUUAGUGGGUUAGACUUUCUUUGGGGGCGGGUGUGAUUGAUAAAACAUUUUGUGGGAGUGGGUGGGAUUGGUAAAACUUUCUGCAAAUGGGAUCGGUAUUUAAAAACUAGUCUCCUGCACACCUCUGGUUCACUCACCCAGUUCAGGAUGCUGCAUCUCAAUCUGUGCUGUGAACUCCCCCUUAUCUCUGCUUUAGAUUUGCCCAGUUUGUUUGUAUGUAUGGUAUGAAAGGGUCAUGUUUGGAAGCAGGUUUCAGGACCAAUUGCUAUGCUGUUGUUGAAUGUCCAGUUAGAAACAAACCCAGCAAAUCAUUCAGGUUUUGGUGUAGAAUUGUUUUUUUUUUUUUUGAGAAAUAAA